CUUUGUUAUAGGUGGCAACAAAAUUGGAAUUGAUUAGAAAUUAGAUGGUGCGAUGGCUUUAAUAAAUAGGAACGUCAUAGGUAUCAGCGACUCGAAACGAUGGAACCUCGAGGCGGUGAAGGGGAACAGGGGGAGUUCAUGGGGGCCGCUUGAGCCAUGAGUCGGUUCCCACGUCUCUCAUGGACCUCCCCACAACGGUGCAAGUGUUCUUCAGCGUGGGGCCGCGCCACGAGACCGCGCUUUUCCGAUCAGAUACUCCUGUGGAUCAGAUUAAAGACCUGUUUAGAUCGGCCGCAGAGGCAGGACCUCGGGACAUUCUGAAGCUCUACAACACCGAAGGCCAACUUCUGAACAUUAGCGCCGACCUUCCCCCCAACAACCAGGAUACCCGUUAUUCCCUGCAAGUUGUGGCCGCGAAUGGUCUAGCGAUGCUGCAGGAGUCGACGGGGGCAGACCUGAAAUCCUUGGAGGCGAGAGUCUCGGCCAUAGAGAGGCAGCUAAGGUGGGAGCUUCCUUUACCGCCGGCCGUAGAGGAACUUCAAAGGGAGGUGGAGGGAUUCAAGCACAAACUGGAGACCUCGGAGAGUCUGAGCUGGCUCGGAUUCCAUAAGCAACUCCCAGAACCAGUUUCCAGCGAAGAAUGUCGGCGCCUUCAGUAUCGUAGGAAAAGUGAUUCAGUAAAGAAGCGGGUGAAACAAAACUUUGAAAGUAUAUGUGACGCACAAGUUUCGGACGCUAUACGGCAGUGGCUGAGAAUGCCCACCUUCGACGCCAGGCCCUGGGAAGACGAAGAACUACUCCUCCUCCUGCAACAAAUGUAUCUCGAUCAUGAUCUCUGUUCGAAGUUUGCCAUUGAUAUUACUACUUUAAGGAAUUUCCUGUACGAAGCUUACAAAAACUACAACGACGUACCCUUUCACAAUUUUAGGCAUUGUUUCUGUGUUGCGCAAAUGUUAUACGCGAUAUCGUGGUGUGUAGACCUCCCCUCGAAGAUAGGCGACCUAGAGGUAUUGAUCCUACUGACUUCCUGUAUAUGCCACGAUCUAGACCAUCCCGGCUACAACAACAUCUAUCAAAUCAACGCCAAGACGGAAUUAGCGAUCCGGUACAAUGACAUAUCGCCCCUGGAAAACCACCACUGCAGCGUCGCUUUCAGAAUUUUGGAGAAUGAAGAUUGCAACAUAUUCAAGUCUUUCAGCAGCGAGGAUUUUAAGCAGGUGCGGGAGGGGAUGAUCCGCUGCAUCCUCGCCACCGACAUGGCUAGGCAUAACGAGAUCCUCACGAAUUUUAAGGAAAUCCUGCCGAGCUUCAAUUACAACGACAAGGCGCACGUCAAUUUGUUGUGUAUGGUUUUAAUAAAAGUAUCCGACAUCUCCAAUGAGGCUCGACCAAUGGACGUAGCAGAGCCGUGGUUGGAUAAACUCCUGCAGGAAUUCUUCAAACAGAGCGAUGCUGAAAAACUCGAAGGCCUACCAGUGACACCUUUUAUGGACAGAGAGAAAAUUACCAAACCUUCCUCUCAGUGUUCCUUCAUCGGCUUCGUGCUUUUGCCUCUAUUUGAAGCACUUGGUGAACUUUUCAUAGAACUGCAGGAUUUAAUAAUACAACCGGUUAGGGAUGCCUUAGACUACUAUAGAAGACUUAAUGAAGCAACGAGGGAGGAAAGACUGCACCGUAAAAGUAUAGUGGAAAUAGUUGAUCACAAUAAUACUCCCACGUCCCAAAGUCCAGAGGUUGGAAACGCAGUGCCAAAGUCUAACUCGAACAGUAGUGUCAAAAUGAAGAAAAGUUUGAGCUUCCAACAAACCCGGUCCAGAUCCCGAUCUACCGAUGAUGAAACCGAAAACGAAGCCAUUACGGUAAUAGGAGAAGGAAGUUUAGAAGAUGUUCAAGAAGAUCCAGAAAGCGAUGAUUCUGAAACCGCCACUGAGGUAGAGAUUUCGGAAAAGACACUGAAGUUCAAGAUAUCCACUGAGAGCAGCAUAACCACCACUGGAAGGAAAAGCUAUCCAGGGUCCAGGAAGGGAAGCCGAGAACGAGUGCAACAUUUGAACCACUCGGAAAUAGCCAAGAUGGUUCAGAAGGGCAAGCUACGCUGUGGGGCGUUUAGUUUUGACCAGCACUGUUUAGUCGGUAACAAAAAGUUGUCGUUCGAUACUCCGGAGUUUUUGGACGAAUACGCGUCAUCUUUAAAAAAGAAGUUUGAAGAGGGACUAGCCAACAAUUCUGACUCUGAGGAAGACAAACUCAAAAAGGAAGAAUGUAUUUUGUCGAAAGAAACUCUUAAUUUAAAUAAAAGGAACUCGGAACACUCUGUAAAAGUACCUGGAAACUUCGACGAAAAAAGAAGCAUAUUAAAGUGUAGUGAAAACAGAAAUUUAACGAACGUUGAGAAAUUGAACAAUAACUCGCAACCAGAAGAAGACAGUGACUCAGUAGUUAAGGAAGAAAUCGACUUGGUGUGUCCUAAUAACACCAGGGAAAAUAGUUUAAAAAAUAAUUGCAUAGAGGGGCUAAAUAUUAACAAAAUAAGUGAUAGUAGAAACAGUAUUUUGGUGCAAAACGAGGACACAAGUAAAGUGCAGAAUGAACUAGUUGGUGAGCCAAAAAAUAGUCGUUCUAUUUUAUCACGCUUCCGCCAGUUUACAGACCGAUUUGGAUUUUCGGCUGACAAAGACUCAAAAUCGAAAUCUCCAAAAUUACCAUCAAUAAAAAACAAUAAUUGCAUGAGAAGUACUCCUCACAAAGGUAAGAAAAAAGUAGAAUCAACUUGUUGUAAAAGUUUGGAGGAAGUAGACAUUAGGAAAGCUAGUACUCUUCCAAAAUUAAAAAAUGUCGGCGAUAGUAAGAAAAGUUGGAAAUUUUUUGCUGUAGGGAAAGAAAAACGCAGACUAGAAGGCUGGGCCUCCGAUGCAGCAGUAGACAAGUUAUCGGAAAGACAUCCCGAAUUUGACAAUCAGUCACUUCCUUCUACUUCCAAGCUGCAAAGCAACUGCGCAAGCCCAAAUUUUAAUAACAUCAAGGAUGGUUCCUCACAAAGUUCUAGGAAAAACGAAUUUAAUGACCAAAUAAAUAUUGCCAUAGUCGAUAAAAAUUUGUUAACAAAUAAUGUCGUGGAUAAGUGCAUUGUGAAAUUACAAGAAAUUAAAAAUGAUGAAUCCUUAAUUAUAAACGAAAAAGAUCCCAACCUAAUUUGACAAGAGGUAAAUCCUCCUGAGAGGGAAUGCUUUGCUAGAUACAUUUUCUGUCGUUGCUGUAAAUAUAAACCAAAUGGUAGAGAAAAUGUUUAAGCAUUUUUUAUUUA